AUGUCUUCAUCAAAUCAAACUUUAAGAUUAGGUUCAACUGCUCCAGAUUUCCAAUCUGAUUCAUCAAAUGGUCCAAUUUCAUUCCAUGAUUAUAUUGGUGAUUCAUGGGCUAUUCUUUUUUCUCAUCCAGAUGAUUUCACUCCAGUUUGUACUACAGAAUUAGGUGCUUUUGCUAAAUUAGAACCAGAAUUUGCAAAAAGAAAUGUUAAAUUAAUUGGUUUAUCAGCUAAUAAUACUGAUUCUCAUAAAGCUUGGAUUAAAGAUAUUGAUGAAGUUACUGGUUCAAAAUUAUCUUUCCCAAUUGUUGCUGAUCCAGAAAGAAAAGUUGCUAAUGCUUAUGAUAUGAUUGAUUAUCAAGAUGCUACUAAUGUUGAUAAUAAAGGUCUUCAAUUAACUAUUAGAUCAGUUUUUGUCAUUGAUCCAAAAAAGAAAAUUAGAACUAUUUUAUCUUACCCAGCUUCAACUGGUAGAAACACUGCUGAAGUUUUAAGAAUUGUUGAUUCAUUACAAACUGGUGAUAAAUAUAGAGUUACCACUCCAAUCAACUGGGUCAAGGGCCCAGCAGUGUCAGAUGAAGAAGCUAAAACCUUGUUUCCUAAAUUUAGAAUCAUCAAGCCAUACUUAAGAUUAACUCCUUUGGAUCUUGAAGAAUAA